GUGUCUCUUUCUUUGGCCUUCUACUUAGUAUGUCCUCGUGGCUUCCCUCUUCUUUAAGAGCGGUCGCUUCUCCUGUCCAACCUUGACUAUCGAGCGGGAGCUCGGACUGCUGCCACAUGCACCCAGGUGGAGCCACGUGCUGCCAGCUUCGUUGGGCUGCAGGCACAUGCACGCAAUGAGUCGUGGACGUGCAGUGUGAGAGCACCUGCUGCUGUCGAAUCUGCAACGGCUCGUUAAGCAUCUGCGGAAUGAGGCAGUUUGUUCUUGGCUGAUCGCUUCUUAUUACUAUGAUUCCCAUGACUAUUUCUUUUUUUUUGGUGUGAAAAUGUCAUCUUGGAUGAUUGCUUAGCUGGCAGUUAGCUCUGCGUUCGCACUUAUCUCACCCUCGUCGCAAACCGGAAGAAAGUUCACUUCAGGGAAUCACAUGUGGGGGUGAUACGUGGCAAGUGGCGGCACUUCCGCAGCUGCUAGUUGCAUGUCCUCGGCCUCUCGGAUCUGAUCCGGAGGGAUGCCUGUUCCAUUGUCUGCCGCUGCAGGUCGAUCGAUGAAGUCGAUAAACUGGCGUAAGAUACUAAUCUGUCCUUCUCUUGUGUCGUUCUCGGUCGUUUUUUCCAAAUUGCAGCAACCACGUAGGCUAGGAAUGAUGACCACGAUAGUGAUGGUGGCGGCUAUGGUGAUCGUCCUCUGCGGCAGCAGCAGCAACGGCCACGUGUCACUCGCCUCCGCUGCCCCCAUCGGGCCGCCAAAUCUCUUCGCUUGCACAACGCCCCGCCCGCCCCAACCUAAUUGCUGCCUUCCGGUCCCCUCUUCCCGCCCGUCCGCUUUCGCCAUCAACUCUUCCACCCCACUCCGCACACGCCGCGCACUCCAGAACGUCCUCCAAGAUGCACGGUACCUCGCCAGACUCAAUGCUGCAUACACCAGGCUUCGCAGACUAGAGCGUGAAGCUCCCAACGACCCUCGAGGUCUCGAACAGCAGCGCAAACUUCACUGCGCCUUCUGUUCUGAACCAUUGGUCUAUGGCAGCCAAUACAACAUGCACGGCGACUGGUUCUUCCUGCCCUGGCACCGAAUGCUCCUUUACUACCACGAGCGCAUUCUUGCCUGGGCCACAGGCGAUGUCUCUUUUGCCCUUCCGUUUUGGAACUGGGACAGCGAUGCCGCUGCUCAGAAGGCCCUCCCCUCUCCCUACGCCAACACCACCUCCGCUCUCUACACAGCACGUCGAAGGGCAGCAGCUGGCAUCCAAACCAGGCUUCAAAGGGAAAUCACAAGGGAUGAACUCUUCAGCGGCAUCGGCAGCGUGACCGGACCGGAUGACGUCAUCGGGACGGCGGGAAAUCGUGGAUAUUUGGAGGGAUAUGGACAUGGUGCCGUCCACAACGCCGUUGGACAGGAGCAACCCCCCCACCGUGACAUGGGUGAUCUAGCCUGGGCGGGUUACGAUCCUGUGUUCUAUGCUCACCAUGCUAACGUGGACAGGAUGUGGUCCGUGUGGAGGCAGUUGCCCGGCAGAAGUGAUCCCACGUCAGCGGAUUUUCGCAACUCAAGGUUCGUCUUUUACGACGAGAACGCCAACGCCAAGAUCAUCGCCGUGUCAGACGUCCUCGAUCACGCGACCAAUCUGAGGUAUGUCUAUGAGAAUGUGCCCAACUCCUGGGCCAGGGCACGACGCGGGGCCAGUCCUGCAGUUGCAGACGAUGGAGUGCCGGGAGAGCUGCCGCUGAGAGUUCGUCGAACUUUCCAAGCCUCGGUGACUGUCUCCGCUGAAAACCCCAACGUCGCUACUGCAUUCGUGCAGUCUCCCGAGACUACUCCCCGGCGUGGGGUGGUGCCAAAGCUGACCCUGCGCAACGUUGCUCACUCGCUGGCCGAGCCCUUGGCGCUAUACGUGUUCAUCAACGAGCCUGAUGCUGGUGCUAACACGCCAAGGGCGGGCAAUCCCAGAUAUGUCGGAGCUCGUUACCUCGUGGCGGGAGGCAUGAGUAUGCCAGUCUCCUUCACAUUCCCCAUCAGCCUAACUUUAGACGGGCUCAAUCUCUCGUUGAGCAGCAAUUUCACCGUUCAGGUGGUGCGAAGCGUGGAAUUCGGAGCGUCGAGGCCUGCGUUGUCUAUCCAGUCCAUAGAUUACGUCCAUGACCCACAGGUGUAGAGGCUGCUUCAUACCUCCUCCGAAAAACAGGAUGUCUCUCUCUCUCUCUCUCUCUCUCUCUCUCUCUCUCUCUCUCUCUCUCUCUCUCUCUUUUCAUCCUUACCAGAGUUUGCUACGGAUGAAAAAUUUACUGUUUUCGUUGUCUUAUUUCUACUCAUCUUCCCAGUGUGGGCUUUAGGAAACGUACAGGCCACUAUUUUAGGAAAUGCACGGGCCACUACAGGAGCGCCCAAAUUC